ACGGGCUCUCCUACACGCAUCAAAUGUUCCGCACAAAUUUUGGGCGGAUGCUCUGUCCACCGCAAAUUACCUGGUGAAUAUCUUACCUUCAAAAGCUAUUAAUCUUCAAAUCCCUCUACAAUGCUUGCAGGGGAAAUCUCCUACCUACGGUCACCUUCGAAGUUUUGGUUGUCUCUGCUUCCCGUGGCUCAAACCUUACGCUGCAAACAAGUUCUUACCUCGCUCCGCAGAAUGUAUCUUUCUCGGUUACUCUCCCAACCACAAAGGGUACAAGUGUUACGACAUCAAGAAUGACCGGAUUUACACAUCUCGGCAUGUGGUCUUUUGCGAAAAUUCUUUCCCCUACAAGAACAGCAAACCUUCACCUAUCUCACCCAUACAACCUCAGCCUCCCGCUCACGCACCUUUACUUCUACCACCAGCUACCAACACAUCCAUCUCCACUCACUCCAAACCUCCUUCUCGGGUUCCUGUUGCUCAACAAUACUUAAACACACCAACCUCCACUUGUAACCGAUCACCUAUAGUCUCAUCCGUCUCACCAACUCACACAACCGGCCAAUCAAACUCAUCACAUGCAAACCAGACUAAAGUCUGGCAUUUCCAAGCCAAAACAAAUUCUUAAUCUACUCGCUCAUACCUCUACACCUGUGACACCAACCACGUAUAACCAAGCGUCCAAAUCUGCUCACUGGACCCGGGCAAUGUCAGACGAAUACAAGGCUCUGCAAACACAAAACACCUGGACUCUGGUUCCUAAACCAGCGAACAAACCUGUCUUGGGCUGCAAAUGGACUUACCGGACCAAGUUAUUUCCUAACGGCCAAGUCGAUCGAUACAAAGCUCGGCUUGUCGCUCUAGGCUACAAUCAACAAUUCGGAAUUAAUUAAAACGAAACCUUCAGUCCGGUCGCAAAAAUGCCAACAAUUCAACUUCUCCUCGCUCUAGCAGUCAACCGUCAGUGGCCAAUGCACCAAUUGGAUGUCUCCAAUGCUUUUCUACACGGUGAUCUACCCGACGACAUCUACAUGCGGCAGCCACCAGGCUUCACCGACCAGACUCAGCCAGAUGCAGUCUGUAAAUUACAGAAAUCACUCUACGGGCUCAAGCAAGCUCCCAGACAAUGGUUCAAUAAGCUAACGUCCUUUCUCCAGACACACGGAUUCCGGUUUAGUCGUUCCGACCCCUCUCUUUUAAUUUUUAACAAAGACAACAUUCAAAUUUAUUUUUUAAUCUACGUCGAUGAUUUUCUUGUCACAGGUAAUAAUGACACGGCUAUCAAACAACUCCUCCAUCAGCUUCAAGCGCAAUUCGCACUCAAGCAACUUGGACAAAUCUCACUCUUUUUGGGCAUACAGGUACUUCAAUCCACAAACGGCUUCUUUUUAUCACAACAGCACUAUGCUACAAAACUUUUACACGAUGCAGGAUACGCCGACUGCAACCCAGCCACCACGCCUGUCACACCUUCGUCCAAACAGGAUCCCACCGAAAGUGCACCGUUCCAUGAUCCAACCUUAUACCGUCAACUUGCUGGCUCACUACAAUAUCUAUCAAUUACAAGACCAGAUAUAGCUUUUGCCACCAAUGCAGUCUACCAGCACAUGCAAAAACCAACGGACAAGGACUUCAAAGCACUCAAAAGGUUACUCCGCUACAUCAAAGGAACUAUCACCUAUGGGCUGCCGAUCAACAAUGGACCGUUGGAACUUCGAACCUACACUGAUGCCGAUUGGGCAUCCGACUCAUCUGACCGGAAGUCUAUCUCCGGCUAUUGUUCCUUUCUCGGCCCAACUAUCAUUUCCUGGACAGUCAAGAAUCAAGCCACCGUAGCAAAAUCGUCCACCGAAGCCGAAUACCGGGCUCUCUCUGCCGCAACAUCAGACGUCUUAUGGCUUCGUCGUCUCGCUGAAGAAUUACACAUCCCACAGCUCGCACCAACUCCAAUUUACUGCGACAACACCUCGGCAAUAGCCAUUGCUAAAAAUCCGGUGUUUCAUGCACGGACCAAACACAUAGAGAUUGACUACCACUUCAUACGACAGCAUAUCGAAUCCAAGGCAAUUCAGCUUAUUCACAUUGCUUCUAAUGAUCAAAUAGCGGAUAUCCUAACCAAACCGUUUUCCAUAACUCGGUUUAAUGAACUAAGAACCAAAUUAAACAUUCAACCACAGAAUGCUUAAUUUGC